UUAACCUACUUGCUGCAGUGGGAACUCCCUCAACUCCUUGACUUUGGAGGGACCAGUGUGUGUUAUGUGCACUUGUGUGUUUUAGGGGAGAGGAGCAAUUGAUCUUACCUGUUUCUCGAGAGUCUAGGACCCCAAAAUGGUUAAGAACACUGGCUUAGCAGUGGACAUUUCCUGAAAGGCAUGAACCUGGCCUGGUUGUCCCUCUAGUGCUCCAUGUCCCCAUCCCCUGGGUUUUCACUGCUAUGUGCUUGCACCUUCCUGUACAAGAGUACCGUUUCCUUAGAAAGUUUCUGUCUUUAUUUUCCCCACCAAACUGCCCAGUGGCACUGUGCGCUCUGUCGGCCUGCCUGUGGUUGCCAUGGUUCAGGGCUUCGACUCUGGUGGCUCUGUCGUCACUCUAAUUACUUUGACUUCAGUGGUGUGUAUAAGAACAGCCUGGAAAGCAGGCACAGACUGGACAGCCUUUGUUCUGAGUUGGACAUAAAUCCAUGCUCUGACUGAACUUGGGUCUGGCUACUUUUGGAACCCAGCCAAUGUCAAGUCUAAUCCAUGGUCUUUUUGGAGAAGCACACACUCAGGAGAAAUCUGGCUGCUUUGUCAAACCCCCACCCCUUCCAUCCUGUGUACAUAGAAACGCAUUAGCAGGAGGCGUUUCCGUGGCUCAGCCAUUCCUUCUCUGGAGAGUGAUCCAGUGCACAUCUGUCUGUAGCCCCAUCUCCGCCCAAACCCGGCCACCUCCAGCCCUACGUCCCCCUCCUUCCAUCCGCCUUCGACCGCUAGAGCCUCAGCCCUCCCGCUGGCCUGGAAGCCCUGCCCCCGCCCCCUUGCAGGGCUCGGCCCGGCUACAGCUCUGAGCUUUUCCUUUGUCACAGCUCCGCCCAGUCGGACACACCCGCUGGGGAAGUUUCCUCGGAUUCUUCCCCAGAGGUCUGGGGUCUGAGUCUAAACUAGCAGAAAUGGACCGUCCAAAAGCCAAGGGCCUCCCAGCUGGGCAGUGCUGCCCCUCUCUAGGAGUGCGGGCCUUGGAGGCUGGCAUCUCGAGGUCCUCUGUGCCACCCGCCAUCAGCAGGAGCUCAGCCAUGGUGAACGAACCCAGAGGGAACGGCGGCCCCGGCCCCCGCUGGGAGGGCAGCAGCAGUGGCAGCGAGAGCUCCAAGGAGAGCUCAAGGUGCUCUACACCGGGGCUGGACCCCGAGCGUCACGAGAGGCUCAGGGAGAAGAUGAAGCGGAGGAUGGAGUCAGGUGACAAGUGGUUCUCCCUAGAAUUCUUCCCUCCUCGAACUGCUCAGGGCGCCGUCAAUCUCAUCUCUAGGUCAGUCGGAUUCCAACCAACACCGGAUGCUUCUCUAACUCCCAGAGCCCACGGGAAGGGGGUGAAGGGUGGUGCGCCCCCAGAGGCCCCUGUUCAGAAAGAAACUCCCCGCAGGUUUGACCGGAUGGGGGCAGGCGGCCCUCUCUUCAUAGAUGUGACCUGGCACCCAGCAGGGGACCCUGGCUCGGACAAGGAGACCUCGUCCAUGGUGAUCGCCAGCACGGCCGUGAACUACUGCGGCCUGGAGACCGUACUGCACAUGACCUGCUGCCAUCAGAGCCGGGAGGAGGUCACGGGCUACCUGCACAAGGCCAAGCGGCUGGGCCUGAAGAACAUCUUGGCGCUGAGGGGAGACCCUGUAGGUGACCAGUGGGAAGCAGAGGAAGGAGGCUUCGGCUACGCUGCAGACUUGGUGAAGCACAUCCGCAGUGAGUUUGGUGACUACUUCGACGUCUGUGUGGCAGGUUACCCCAAAGGCCACCCCGACGCAGAGAGCUUCGAGGCCGACCUGAAACACCUGAAGGAGAAGGUGGCGGCAGGAGCCGACUUCAUCAUCACCCAGCUUUUCUUCGAGGCUGAUACGUUCUUCCGCUUCUUGAAGGCUUGCUCCGAGAUGGGCAUCACCUGCCCCAUCCUCCCGGGCAUCUUCCCCAUCCAGGGCUACCACUCCCUCCGGCAGCUAGUGAAGCUGUCCAAGCUGGAGGUGCCGCAGCAGAUCAAGGACGUGAUCGAGCCCAUCAAAGACAAUGACGCCGCCAUCCGCAACUACGGCAUCGAGCAGGCUGUGAGCCUGUGCCAGGAGCUUCUGGCCAGUGGCCUGGUGCCGGGCCUCCACUUCUACACUCUCAACCGCGAGGUGGCCACCACAGAGGUGCUGAAGCGUCUGGGCCUGUGGAUCGAGGACCCCAGGCGCCCCCUGCCCUGGGCUGUCAGCGCCCACCCCAAGCGUCGGGAGGAAGAUGUCCGUCCCAUCUUCUGGGCCUCCAGACCCAAGAGUUACAUUUACCGCACCCAGGAGUGGGAUGAAUUCCCCAACGGCCGCUGGGGCAACUCCUCCUCUCCCGCCUUUGGGGAGCUGAAGGACUACUACCUCUUCUACCUGAAGAGCAAGUCCCCGAAGGAAGAGCUGCUGAAGAUGUGGGGGCAGGAGCUGACCAGCGAAGAGAGCGUCUUUGAAGUCUUUGCCCACUACCUCUCGGGGGAGCCGAACCAGAAUGGCUAUAAAGUGACCUGCCUGCCCUGGAAUGACGAGCCCCUGGCGGCCGAGACCAGCCUGAUGAAGGAGGAGCUGCUGCGGGUGAACCGGCGGGGCAUUCUCACCAUCAACUCCCAGCCCAACAUCAACGGGAAGCCGUCCUCCGACCCCGUCGUGGGCUGGGGCCCCAGCGGGGGCUACGUUUUCCAGAAGGCCUACCUGGAGUUCUUCACUGCCCGGGAGACGGUGGAGGCGCUCUUGCAGGUGCUGAAGAAGUAUGAGCUCCGAGUGAAUUAUCACAUUGUGGAUGUGAAGGGUGAAAACAUCACCAACGCGCCCGAGCUGCAGCCCAAUGCCGUCACUUGGGGCAUCUUCCCUGGACGGGAGAUCAUCCAGCCCACGGUGGUGGACCCGGUCAGCUUCAUGUUCUGGAAGGACGAGGCCUUCGCGCUGUGGAUCGAGCAGUGGGGCAAACUGUAUGAGGAGGAGUCCCCGUCCCGCAUGCUCAUCCAGUACAUCCACGACAACUACUUCCUGGUCAACCUGGUGGACAACGAGUUUCCGCUGGACAACUGCCUCUGGCAGGUGGUGGAGGACACAUUUGAGCUUCUCAACAGGCCCCCCCACAACGAGAAGGAGCCCGAGGCCAGUGAACCUGCACCCUGAGACCCUUCGCAUGAGGCCACCAUGUCCCACCUUCCACCUCCCUGUCCUGGCUCUUCCGGGGACUCCUGUUCUUUGGUCCUCCCCAGCCCUGGCCUCCCCCCAUGAUGCUGGCAGCUGGACUGGGGGGCUUCCGGCUCUGGCUGGACCUGAGUCUGCCCCACACGGGAGCCUGGUGUUCCCCGCUCAGCCGAGUCUGGGCUUUCAGUGGGGAGCAGCCCCCCGACCCCCACAAAGGACCCCUGUGGGCAGAACGCCGUCCUCCCUGAGAAGGGGUGUUGCUGACAGAGCCCCUGGGAGCUGGCCUGGGGCUGCGGUGACCUUGCUCUUGGGGCCUGUGGGAUGGGGACACCAAGCACGCAGCAGGCACGGUGGGACUGCUGGCACUGCGGAGGAGACAAAGUCAAGGUACCGCACCCUUCCGCCUCCAAGGCAUUGGCAGCCGAGCACCCCCGCUUGUGAUUGAAGGAGUGACCACUGCCUGCCAACGCCCUGUUGGGCACGUACCCUGGACGGACCUGGGGCUGAAACCUGAUCAUGGUCCCUGCCUGCUCUUGGCCUAGAGCUGAGCUGGUCUGUCCCUUUUCUACACGCCUUUUUCACACAGCUGUCUCUGUGUUCCUGUGGCUCAAGAAAGUGCCUCUUCAGGGUCA